AUGGGGCUUCUUCCUCUCCCAGCUGCAUCACCAGCGGCCUACGUUCGGCUGUUGUUCUGGUUUCUGCUUCUCGGUGCUCUUCCAAUCGCGAUGAGUCAAGCCGAUAACCAAACCAGCAACGUCUCCGAUGUGCCAGUUCAAGAUCCUCCGAGCAGCACAGCCGGUCUUCCAAUCUGCGAAAAUCCGCGUGCAUUCCUUUGCUAUGUUUACGAGGCCCUCGACCAGCCCUUUCCCGACUGGCUUCAACAGACCGAACAGAAGUGUGAACGUUGCGAAUCGCCGGAAGUUUGCAAGAUCGGCGCCGUGAUCGCUGGCCAUUUGGACGACGACCACGACCACAACCGACUGUCGGUGUAUGAUGAAUGUCAUCCGCCAUUUUGCAAAGAUGAACAGGACAUGUCAGAGGACACCAAGUGCAUCAAGGCCGUGAAUUUCGACGGGGAUAAGCGAGGUAUUUUGGAAAACAUCCGAAAUCUCAUUUGGGUGCUAACAAAGACUUUGAAACCGUCGAAG